AUGACAGCAUUCAGCAACAAAAUUAGCAACGAUACCAACACAACAUCUGAGCAGCUCACAGUGUUCACAUACAGCGAACUAGAACAUAUUCUAAUGAGCGGAAGCCUGGUACUGAUGAUUUUGGUGACAUUGAUUGGUAACGCUACAGUUUGCUUAGCAGUCUACCGCCGCCGAAAACUGCGCACGCGUACUAACAUGUUUAUCAUCAACCUAUCAUGUGCUGACAUUGGAGUCGCCGUACUCUGUAUGCCAUUUUCGUUAAUCACGUGUUUGCGUCAUGACUGGGUUCUAGGCGACGCCUUGUGCAAGAUAAAUGGAUUCUUUAACAUAGUGUUUGGUUUGACGUCACUCCUCACUCUUACUGCCAUAAGUGUGGAGACCUAUUUUGCCAUCUGUAAACCGCUGUACCACAGGCACAUGAGCCGAAAUUUUGCCUUGGGUCUCCUUAUAUGGACUUGGUUUCAGCCAGUUGCUAUCGCUAUUGUACCGUUUUUGGACGUCAUCAACUAUGAGUUCAAACAAGGUACGCUACCUUAAUGACUACUUUUUACGUAACCCAACAGCUACCACAAAUAACCCCCACUUAACACCUAAUUUUGAAAUGUUAGUUGUGUGAUAAUAAUGAUAAUAGUGAUCAAGAGAGAAUCCUCUCUUGUAGUGACGUUUAAAGACAACGGAACUAGCAGCUAUCGAGAAUAAUCCAAGCUUCCUGGCCAGAGGCAACCGAGUUGAAGUUCAGCGCCCUAAACCACUCAGCCAUUCUGUCUGCUUAUUAAGUGUAUAAUGAUCUUUAAGGUACAAUCUUGUGUAGUAUGCGAAAAAAAAUUCCUGUGAGUUGUUGCCUACAGAUUUUGAUAAAAACGGCUUUCUUUUGCUUUCUUUACUGUUAAGGUACCACGCAGUGUGGCGUCCAGUUUCCCACCAAUCUAGCUCAGAUCAUCUACGCAGGCAUAGUAAUUUUUUGCGGUUUUGUACUACCGGUGAGCAUCAUGGGAUUUGCCUACAGCAACAUUUUCUGCUCCGCCAGGCAACACACUCGACGCGUUAGUCGAGUAUCUAUUUCAAGCACGAGUAGUACGAACUCCGCCACGGCCCAUAGGCAAGUAGCGGUUACCGUGCUGAUUUUGCUUGGCGUAUUUCUAGCGUGUUGGUUUCCCUACUUCAUGUACGUCAUCUUGGUGAGUGUCGAGAAAGAGCUUUCUACUGAACGAGCAGUCCUGAACCUAGGAAAGGCCGGUUAUUGGUGUGCGUUUGCUAGCAGUGCCCUUAAUCCCUAUAUCUAUGGUUUUCGCAACCCUCAAUUCCGGAAAGAAUUCAAUUUAAUCCUUUGCUAUCUCUGCCCAUGCGUAGGAUUGGGAUGGCGCUCGCGGGGCUGUAGUACCACUACAGGCAGCAAAGGAUCGUGGGAUGGAUCUAGUGGAUUUGAUUAUAAUCAGUUAAGACGUCCCAGCACACCUUGUAUCACUCCCAAGGGACGGCUGUCGGUUGAUUUUGCGCCCCUCCCCCAAGAAAGUCUUCAGAAACUUGAAAUGUUCGCUCUUCAAGCAAAGCUUUCAAACUGUUCUGCUGAACCUGAAUAUUGCAGCCACAACGAGGAAAGUUCAGAGGCAGCAGGUGGAGAUGAAAAUGUCAACAAUAACGGUGAAGGCGACAACAAAAUAAACAACAAUAAUACGAACACCGUAUUUGGGACAAACGUUUCCGAAAGUCAGCAUGAUUUCUUUGAAAUCAAUGUCAACGAAACAGGCCGUUCACAUCACAAGCCUUUAGAAGAGGAAAGAUCAAUCAAGGGAUCGUUUUGUAAUGAAGGGUUUGCUCCUGAAAGCAAUUCUAACAACAGCAUAGCUGCUCGAACUAAUGAAUGCGAAAAUUCAGCUCAAGCUGAUUCUUUAGACAGCUUUCAGGCUGCAAGGGAUCUGGGUACAAGUCUCUCAAAGGAACUCCUACCUUCGACACGGCCCAGGGGGUGGAGUUUGAGAAGUCUUGGUGCCAGGCUUAAACUCGGGUGGGUGGAGAGCGCUCUAUAA